AUGGCUCUACUGUGCGCGCUGCUGUCCUGCCUGCUGCCCUGGCACUGCGCGCUCUGCGCCGCCGCGGGCAGACGGACCCCAGAGCUGCGCCUCUCUGGAAAGCUCAGUGACUAUGAUGUGACAGUCCCCUGCAGCACAGACUUUCGUGGACACUUCCUCUCCCAUGUGGUAUCUGGACCAGCAGCAGCCCCCUCAGGGAUCGUGGUAGUGGACAAGCCACCCAGACUACCAUCACAGCCCCAUCACCUCCGGGUGGCUCGCAGUGCCCUGCAGCCAGAAGGAGGGACCCUAUGGCCUGGCAGGCCGGGGCACUACUCUGUCUACUUCAACGUGACUGUUUUCGGAAAGGAACUGCACUUGCGCCUGCGGCCCAACCAGAGGUUGGUGGUGCCAGGAGCCUCGGUGGAGUGGCAGGAGGAUUUUCGGGAGCUGUUCCGGCAGCCCUUGCGGCAGGAGUGUAUGUACACUGGAAGUGUCACCGGAAUGCCUGGGGCAGCUGUUGCCAUCAGCAACUGUGACGGAUUGGCAGGCCUCAUCCGCACAGACAGCACCGACUACUUCCUUGAGCCUCUGGAGUGGGGGCAGCAGGAGCAGGAGGUCAGCGGGAGGACGCACGUGGUGUACCGCCGGGAAGCUGUCCAGCAAGAGAGGGCAGAGCCUCACGGGGACCUUCACAAUGAAGCCUUUGGCCUGGGUGACCUUCCCAAUCUGCUGGGCCUGGUGGGGGACCAGCUGGGCGAAGCAGAGCGGAAGCGACGACACACCAAGCCGGGCAGCUAUAGCAUCGAGGUGUUGCUGGCGGUGGAUGACUCAGUGGUUCGCUUCCAUGGCAAGGAGCAUGUGCAGAACUACGUCCUCACCCUCAUGAACAUUGUAAAUGAGAUUUACCAUGACGAGUCCCUGGGGGCCCAUAUAAACAUUGCCCUUGUCCGCUUGAUUAUGGUUGGCUACCAACAGUCCCUGAGCCUGAUCGAGCAUGGGAACCCCUCACGCAGCCUGGAACAGGUGUGUCGCUGGGCAUACUCCCAGCAGCGCCAGGACCCCAGCCAUGCUGAGCACCAUGACCACGUCAUCUUCCUCACCCGGCAGGACUUUGGGCCCUCAGGGUAUGCGCCUGUCACUGGAAUGUGCCACCCCCUGAGAAGCUGUGCCCUCAACCACGAGGAUGGCUUCUCCUCAGCCUUCGUGGUGGCCCAUGAGACUGGCCAUGUGCUCGGCAUGGAGCACGAUGGUCAGGGGAAUGGCUGUGCAGACGAGACCAGCCUGGGCAGUGUCAUGGCGCCCCUGGUGCAGGCUGCCUUCCACCGCUUCCACUGGUCACGCUGCAGCAAGCUGGAGCUCAGCCGCUACCUCCCCUCCUACAACUGCCUCCUCGACGACCCCUUUGAGCCCACCUGGCCCCAGCCCCCAGAGCUGCCUGGGAUUGACUACUCAAUGGAUGAGCAGUGCCGCUUUGAUUUUGGCACCGGAUACCAGACCUGCUUGGCGUUCAGGACUUUUGAGCCCUGCAAGCAACUGUGGUGCAGCCACCCUGACAACCCGUACUUCUGCAAGACCAAGAAGGGGCCCCCCCUGGAUGGGACCGACUGUGCACCAGGCAAGUGGUGCUUCAAAGGUCAUUGCAUCUGGAAGUUGCCAGAGCAGACUUACGGCCAGGAUGGAGGCUGGAGCUCCUGGACCAAGUUUGGGUCAUGUUCGCGGUCAUGUGGAGGUGGGGUGCGAUCCCGCAGCCGGAGCUGUGACAACCCCCCCCCAGCCUACGGAGGUCGUCCAUGCUCAGGGCCCAUGUUCGAGUACCAGGUCUGCAACAGCGAGGAAUGCCCCGGGCCCUACGAGGACUUCCGGGCCCAGCAGUGUGCCAAGCGCAACUCCUACUACACUCACCAGAACGCCAAGCACAGCUGGGUCCCUUAUGAGCCUGACGAAGAUGCCCAGAACUGUGAGCUGAUCUGCCAGUCAGCGGACACCGGGGACGUGGUAUUUAUGAACCAGGUGGUCCAUGAUGGGACACGUUGCAGCUACCGGGACCCGUACAGCCUCUGUGCCCGUGGCGAGUGUGUGCCCGUCGGCUGUGACAAGGAGGUGGGGUCCAUGAAGGCAGACGACAAGUGUGGGGUCUGUGGUGGCGACAACUCCCACUGCAGGACCGUGAAGGGGACUCUGGGCAAGGCCUCCAAGCAGGCAGGAGCUCUUGAACUGGUGCAGGUCCCGGCAGGUGCCAGGCACAUCCAGAUUGAGGCACUGGAGAAGGCCCCCUACCACAUUGCGGUGAAGAACCAGGUCACGGGCAGCUUCAUCCUCAACCCCAAUGGCAAGAAAGCCACGAGCCGGACCUUCAUUGCAAUGGGUCUGGAGUGGGAGUACGUGGUAGAGGAUGCGCAGGAAAGCCUCAAGACCAGUGGGCCCCUGCCUGAGGCUGUUGCUGUCAUGGUGCUCCCCCCGGCUGAGGGCAGCCCCCACAGCAGCCUGGCCUACAAGUAUGUCAUCCACGAGGACCUGUUGCCCCUUAUCGGGAGCAACAAUGUGCUCCUGGAGGAAACGGACACGUAUGAGUGGGCGCUCAAGAGCUGGGCCCCCUGCACCAAGGCCUGCGGAGGAGGUAUCCAGUUCACCAAAUACGGCUGCCGGCGCAGACGUGACCACCACAUGGUGCAGCGGCACCUGUGCGACCACAGGAAGAGGCCCAAGCCCAUCCGCCGGCGCUGCAACAAGCACCCAUGCCCCCAGCCCGUGUGGGUGACGGAGGAGUGGGGCGCCUGCAGCCGGAGCUGCGGGAAGCUGGGAGUGCAGACGCGGGGGGUGCAGUGCCUGUUGCCCCUCUCCAACAGCACCCACAAAGCCAUGCCGGCCAAGGCCUGCCCCGGGGACCGGCCUGAGGCCCGGCGGCCCUGCCUCCGCCUGCCCUGCCCAGCCCAGUGGCGGACAGGAGCCUGGUCCCAGUGCUCUGCCACUUGCGGAGAGGGAAUCCAGCAGCGGCAGGUGGUGUGUCGGACCAACACCAACAGUCUUGGGCAGUGCGAGGGGGACAAGCCAGACACCGUCCAGGUCUGCAGCCUGCCCGCCUGUGCAGGACAUCUCCAGAACUCCUCGGUGAAGGCUGACAUAUGGGAACUUGUGACUCCAGAGGGGCAGUGGGUGCCACAGUCUGGGCCCCUAUACCCCAUCAACAAGAUCUCAUCAACAGAGCCCUGCUUGGGGGACAGGUCCAUUUUCUGCCAGAUGGAAGUGCUCAAUCGCUACUGCUCCAUCCCGGGCUACCACCGGCUGUGCUGCGAGUCCUGUACCAAGAAGGUCUCAGCCCCCAACACUAGCUCAGACCCCGGCCUGGCCUCACCACUCCACUUCUCCACUCCUGGGAGCCCCUUACCAGGACCCAAGGCCACUCCAGAUGCUGUGGAGCCCACUGGGGAGCCAACGGGAUCAGAUGACCAUCAGCAUGGCCAACCCACACAGCUCCCAGGACCUCUGGACACAAGCUCCCCAGUGACCCAGCAUCACUUUGCCCCCCAGAAACCAAGCCCUGGCACUUACCCUACCACCCCCCGGGCACCUAUGCCGGCCUCUGAGGAUAAAGGGCAGCCCAGGGAAGACCCGAAGUAUCCAGGCACCAGCCUUCCUGCCACCUCCCCAGUGACAUGAGCCACACCCCGCCCAUCCCACCAGUCAUGUUUACACUCUGUGCUGCCCC